CACAAACAGAGAAUGAAGAGAAAGAGCGAACAAGAAGUCGGGAUUUCUUCUAGAGGUUAUCGCUGCUUAUACUAUUUUAUUUUCUAAAAGAAACACUUUCAAGACCUCAAGAACAAAGUUGAUCAGAUUGGAGAGCUAAAAAACUAAGAUGAAGCUAUUGUGGGAUGUGAUGCUGUUAGUCGGCACAAUGUUUCGUGCUGCCGAUGAUAACAGGAAGGAGAACAUUGGGACUGUGAUUGGGAUUGAUCUGGGGACCACAUACUCAUGUGUUGGAGUGUUCAAGAAUGGGCGUGUGGAGAUUAUUCCCAAUGACCAGGGAAACCGAAUCACCCCCUCCUACGUGGCCUUCACCAGUGAAGGUGAGCGUCUGAUUGGUGAUGCUGCCAAGAAUCAGCUGACCUCUAACCCUGAGAACACCAUUUUUGAUGCCAAGAGGCUGAUUGGUCGCACAUGGGAUGACUGGUCUGUGCAGCAGGACAUCAAGUACCUGCCCUUCAAGGUUACUGAGAAGAAGAGCAAGCCCCAUAUCCAGGUUGACAUUGGUGGUGGCCAGGUUAAGACCUUUGCUCCUGAGGAGGUCUGUGCGAUGGUGCUGACUAAGAUGAAGGAGACAGCUGAGGCUUACCUGGGCAAGAAGGUCACACAUGCUGUGGUCACUGUCCCAACCUACUUCAAUGAUGCCCAGCGUCAGGCCACUAAGGAUGCUGGUACCAUUGCUGGUCUGAAUGUCAUGCGAAUCAUCAAUGAGGCAACUGCUGCUGGUAUUGCUUAUGGCCUGGACAAGAAGGAUAGAGUGAAGAACAUUGUUGUCUUCGAUCUGGGUGGUGGCAGCUUUGAUGUUUCUAUUCUGACCAUUGACAAUGGUGUGUUUGAAGUGGUGGCCACCAAUGGUGACACUCAUCUGGGAGGUGAGGACUUUGACCAGCGUAUCAUGGAGCACUUCAUCGAGCUGUAUAAGAAGAAGACUGGCAAAGAUGUGAGCAAAAACCACCGUGCUGUGCAGAAGCUGCGUCGCGAGGCUGAGAAGGCCAAGAGAACGCUAUCUACCCAAUACCAAGCGCACGUUGAGAUCGAGUCCUUCUUUAAGGGACAAGACUUCUCUGAGACCCUGACUCGUGCCAAGUUUGAGGAGCUGAACAUGGACCUGUUCCGGUCCACCCUGAAGCCUGUACAGAAAGUUUUGGAAGAUGCUAAGUUAAUGAAGUCUGAAAUUGAUGAGAUUGUCCUGGUUGGAGGCUCCACUCGUAUCCCCAAAAUUCAGCAGUUGGUGAAGGAGUUCUUUAAUGGCAAAGAGCCAUGUAGAGGCAUCAACCCUGAUGAGGCUGUGGCAUACGGAACUGCUGUGCAGGCUGGUGUGCUUUCUAGAGAGGACACUGGUGAUGUGGUUCUUCUGGAUGUGUGCCCCAUGACCCUUGGUAUUGAGACUGUUGGAGGAGUAAUGAAUAAGCUGAUCCAUAAGAACACCGUGGUGUCCACCAAAAAAGCCCAGAUGUUUACUACAGCCUCUGAUAACCAGCAUACUGUCACCAUCAAAGUCUAUGAAGGUGAGCAUCCUUCGACCAAAGACAACCGUCUCCUGGCUACCUUUGACCUGACUGGCAUCCCCCCUGCUCCUCAUGGUGUACCGCGGAUUGAAGUCACCUUUGAGAUUGAUGUCAAUGGCAUUUUGUGUGUCACUGCUGAGGACAAGGCCACAGGCAACAAGAACAAGAUCACAACUGACCAGAAGUGGCUAACAUCUGAGGACAUCAAACGCAUGGUGGAUGACGCCAAGCACUUUGCUGAGAAAGACAAGAAGUUGAAGGAGAGGAUCAAUGCUCACAAUGAGCUGGAGGGCUACGCAUACUCCCUGAAAAACCAGAUUGAAUCCAUUGAGAAGGCAGUUGAGGAGAAAAUUGAGUGGUUGGAGUCCCACCAAGAUGCUGACCUGGACAACUUACAGACCAAGAAGAAGGAGCUUGAGGAGGUGGUUCAGUCCAUUAUCAUCAAGCUCUAUGAUAGUGCAGGUGGUCCACCACCCGAGGGCAGUGAGCAAAAUGAGAAGGAUGAGUUGUAGGCAGGUCUGACGUCUUAACACUCCUUGGCCCUCUGGCAUGUUGGUGUACAUAUUGGACUGAUGGGACUCAAAUUGUGAGAGGAGUGGUGGCGAAGGGGCUGACAAUAACAAGUGACCAUACUAAAUUUUCUGAGAGACUUUAAAAUACGUUUCAGUGUGUGACUCUACUCAGGUGGUAGAGCAGGUCAUCUACCAACCAGAAGGUUGGUGGUUCGAUCGCAGUCUGCUCCAGUCUGCAUGCCAAAUAUAUUUGGGCAAGAUACUAACCCCAUGCUGGUGAUGAUGCAUCUAUGUGUAAACGCUAGAUAGUAAGAGCUAGAGAUGGACCAAUCGGAUAAUACAUAUCGGUAUCGGUCCGAUACUGACCUAAAUUACUGGAUCGGAUAUCGACGAGAAAUAAAAAAUGUAAUCCGAUCCAUUAAAUAUAAAAAAAAACUUCACAAAA